GCAAGCAAAUCAGUUUGAGAGUCUGGUCGUAGAGCAUGAAUCUCUCUACUCUUUUCCGCUCUUCAGCUCCUCUUUUGCCUCCUCCUCGUUCUACUUCUACCUCUUCCUCUAGGACUGUCGCUACUGAGAAUUUCUCCAUCGAGGGCCGGAAUCUGAAUUUCUCCAUUACUACGAGGCAGGGAAAUUAUGUGCCGAUUCUUCGGGACUGCUCGCUUCGGAUUCCUUCCGGACAGUUCUGGAUGCUUCUUGGACCCAACGGUUGCGGAAAAUCUACCCUCUUGAAGAUUCUGGCUGGUCUUUUGAGUCCAACGAAUGGAACUGCGUAUGUCAAGGGAUCCAAGAGCUACGUUUUCCAAAAUCCAGACCAUCAGGUUGUGAUGCCUACAGUAGAAGCUGAUGUGGCAUUUGGCCUUGGAAAGUUUAAUUUGACCGUUGACGAAGUUAGAUCUAGGGUAUCUAAUGCUUUGGAUGCUGUUGGCAUGUCUAACUACCUGCAGAGGUCUGUUCAAACUCUCAGUGGUGGACAGAAACAGAGAGUGGCAAUUGCUGGUGCUUUAGCUGAAACUUGCAAAGUACUGUUAUUGGAUGAGCUCACAACAUUUUUAGAUGAAAACGAUCAGGUUGGGGUAAUUAAAGCGGUUAGAACUUGUUUGGAUAGUUCUGAAGAAGUUACGGCGUUGUGGGUGACCCAUCGUUUGGAAGAACUUGAGUAUGCAGACGGUGCUGUUUAUAUGGAAAAUGGGGAAGUUGUCAUGCAAGGUGAUGCAGCAAGAAUAUUGGAGUUUAUCAGAACUAGGCAAUCUGCGUACAUCAAACAGAUCAAUUCUUGAAGAAAAUUUUCCUUGUAUCUCAAAUCCUUUUCACAUUAUCCCAUUUCUAUUGCAAGAGCAAGCUUUUGCUCUCAUUGAGAUCA